GCGCGGAAGGUGGAGGAGGAGGUGGGGCUGGCGCUGAAGCCGGAUCCGGAUCCGGUGGCGUGCACACCAGCGGGGGAGAGUCCGACGCGCCGGGCGAGGAGCGCCGACUGCGCGGCCUCCGCGGACCUUACCGGAAAGAUGAAACCUGAUGAAACUCCUAUGUUUGACCCAAGUCUACUCAAAGAAGUGGAUUGGAGUCAGAAUACAGCUACAUUUUCUCCAGCCAUUUCCCCAACCCAUCCUGGAGAAGGCUUGGUUUUGAGGCCUCUUUGUACUGCUGACUUAAAUAGAGGUUUUUUUAAGGUACUGGGUCAGCUGACAGAGACUGGAGUUGUCAACCCUGAACAGUUUAUGAAAUCUUUUGAGCAUAUGAAGAAAUCUGGGGAUUAUUAUGUUACAGUUGUAGAAGAUGUGACUCUAGGACAGAUUGUUGCUACCGCAACUCUGAUAAUAGAACAUAAAUUUAUCCAUUCCUGUGCUAAGAGAGGAAGAGUAGAAGAUGUUGUCGUUAGUGAUGAAUGCAGAGGAAAGCAGCUUGGCAAAUUGUUAUUAUCAACCCUUACUUUGCUAAGCAAGAAACUGAACUGUUAUAAGAUUACUCUUGAAUGUCUACCACAAAAUGUUGGUUUCUAUAAAAAGUUUGGAUAUACAGUAUCUGAAGAAAACUACAUGUGUCGAAGGUUUCUAAAGUAAAAAUAUUUUAAGAAAGAAAAUUGUCAAAGGCAUUAAUUGCCAGAAGGCUAUCCUUUUCCUAGAGUUAAAUAAAAUAUUCUGUUGCUGCAACCCAGUGACCUCCAUAAAUACCGGACUGAAGAAAACAUUGUAAUACUGCAAGUAUGACAUUUAGAAGAUUACUUUGGGCUGGUGGGACAUUCUGUGAGUUUAGAUCACAAAUGAUUAUUAUAAUGGGGAUGAUUUUUAACCAAAGGAAUAUAUUUUUAACUUGAAUCUUUUCUUGCAUUGUAUUUUUCUAAAUUCUGGCUUCAUUUCUUGUAGUCAAAGAGUAGGAGUAGUAAAGAGAUAUACAUCUGCUAUUUGUACUGCUUGUUUAAAAAAAAAUAUGUUGAAUAAGCUGUUUCUUAUAACAUGCAUAAAAUUAAAUAUUUUUGUUUCAAAGAAACAGAUCUAAAUACACUUAGGGGCCUAUAAUUUCCCACAUAAUAAAUCAAAUUGGAUAAACUAGUUAUUACAACUAAAUGUAGUACAGUCCAGUAUUUGUUGAUCCUAACAUUGACAAACAACCUCGUCAGCAGAAGAAAUGAAAAUUAACUUAUAAAAUGUGACAAGAUUCAUAGUAAAAUAAUUGAAAUAUUUUACUGAAAGUUUACAUAGUUCUAUGUAGAUAAAAUACUACCUGUCUUCUCUGUGAAAUAUAUUUAACAUUUGUUAAAAAUACCUAAGAACAAUUAUAAUGGGACAUCUAAGGUAUUUUUUAAUAGUGAAUUAGUAAAUCUUAGCAUAUGUAUUUCUACUCUCAUUUCAUGAAUAUCUGAAGCCUGUCUUCUGAGUAAUAUCUUUAUGAAAAUGGAAUAUUAUAAAACUGAGUAGAAUACAGUGUUUAAUGUCUCAUACUGUAUUUUUCACAUUCUUAAAAUGUUGAUGGAAGCUUCUUUUUAAUGUGAUUAUAAUGGUACUAUUAUUCUGGU